GUAAUUAGUUGCCCCCAGAGGUAAACCGGAAACGAAAAAUGGCUACCUCUCCAAAUAGUACUCUGACUCCAAAAAAGAAGGAGGAGUCGUUUCUAGAUAAGUUAGGAGGAACUCUGGCCAGGAAGAAGAAAGCCAAAGAAGUGAGUGAGCUCCAGGAGGAGGGAAAACAUGCGAUCGAGUCUCCCACCAGCCCCACUGUCCCUGACAUUGGACCUGAGGGAUACACACUGGGUAAGUACCCUCCCACCAGCCCCACUGUCCCUGACAUUGGACCUGAGGGAUACACACUGGAUGAAAAUGAGGAGAGAUCAAUGAUAGAACCUCAAUCCAGAGAGGACCCCAAAGUUAAAGAACUGAUAAAGAUGUUGCUGGACUGGAUCAAUGAUGUUCUAGCUGAUGACCGUAUCAUUGUGAAGGACAUUGAGGAAGAUUUGUUUGAUGGACAGAUUCUUCAGAAGUUGAUUGAGAAGCUGGCGGGGUUAAGGGUCGAAGUUCCAGAGGUCACACAGUCUGAGCAGGGUCAGAAACAAAAACUACAGAUCAUCUUAACGGUCAUCAACAGAAUUCUACAUCAGAGCCCGCCCUGGACCCAGAGUAAAUGGAGCGUAGAUAGUGUUCACUCAAAAAACUUGGUGGCCAUUCUCCAUCUCCUGGUUGCCUUGGCGAGACAUUUCCGAGCACCAAUCAGAUUGCCAGAAAAUGUCUCCGUGAAUUUAGUUGUUGUCACGAAAAGAGAUGGAAUGUUACAGCCACGAAGGGUCGCUGAAGACAUCACCACUGUUAACGAAGACAUAGGAGCUAGAUUUGAGAGAGAUGCCUUUGACACACUGUUUGAUCAUGCUCCAGACAAACUGAAUCUCGUCAAAAAGACAUUGGUGACUUUUGUGAACAAACAGUUGAUGAAAAUUAAUUUAGAGGUCACGGAUAUCGAAUCUCAGUUUCACGACGGCGUCCACCUGGUUCUGUUAAUGGGGCUCCUUGAAGGGUACUUUGUUCCUCUGUACGACUUUCAUCUCACACCUGUUGACUUUGAUCAAAAGGUCCACAAUGUGAACUUUGCCUUUGAGCUGAUGCAGGAUUCAGGACUGGCCAAACCCAAGGCCAGACCAGAAGAUGUUGUCAACCAGGACUUGAAGUCCACGCUUAGAGUCUUGUACAACAUUUUUACCAAAUACAAGGGUCGUAAUGAGCUGAUUGCCCGAUAUAUCAAACUGAGAACGGGAAAAACCCGGACAAGGAAACAGGUGUCCAGUCACAUACAAGUCCUGGCCCGCCGGAAAGCCAAAGAAAUUCAGGCACAACUUAAGUCCAUCCCGAUGCAGGAUCAGGCCGCCAAAGACAAGGCUCUCCAGAGUAUGGCCUCGAUGUCCUCCGCCCAGAUCGUCUCCGCUAGUGCUAUCCAUAAUAAGGCCCUCGCCCAGGGCCUGCCCGUGCCCAACAUGGGCAGUGUUCGACCGUCCUACCCUGGGGGGCCCAGUGGGUCUCAGUUUUGGCAAAACAACAUGGGGCCCCAAGAAGAUGUGAAACCCCAGUUUGGUAACUACAACACAGAUGUGAAGCCCCCGUCAUCUAUGAACGAGUCAAUGCCCCCUGCUUGGCAGGGACGCUCCAUUGCCGGCCCCAAACUUCGUCUUGUGGAGUUCUCGGCUUUCUUAGAACAAACCAGAGACCCAGAUACUUUUCACAAGCACCUGUUUGUCCACAUUGGGUCCAAUGCAAGCUACUCAGACCCCCUGCUAGAGGCAGUUGAUAUCCGGCAAAUUUACGACAAAUUUCCGGAGAAGAAGGGCGGGUUAAAGGAGUUGUAUGACAAAGGGCCGCAAUCGGCGUUUUUCCUCGUCAAGUUCUGGGCAGAUAUAAACACAAAUGUUCAGGACGAGACGGGAACGUUUUACGGCGUCACAAGUCAGUAUGAGAGCAAUGAAAAUAUGGCAAUAACUUGUUCCACCAAGGUGUGUUCAUUUGGAAAACAAGUCGUGGAAAAAGUGGAGACUGAGUUUCCCCGGUACGAGAAUGGUCGAUACGUGUACAGGAUAAAUAGAUCACCGAUGUGUGAAUACAUGAUCAACUUUAUACAUAAACUUAAACAUCUACCAGAAAAAUACAUGAUGAACAGUGUGCUAGAAAAUUUCACCAUUCUACAGGUUGUCAGUAAUCGUGACACACAGGAAACGUUAAUGUGCAUAUCGUAUGUGUUUGAAGUCUCCACCAGUGAACAUGGUGCCCAGCAUCACAUAUACCGCCUGGUGAAAGACUAGCCCCCCACCCCCACCCCCCCAAUGCUUUAAGUAGCCUCAGCAUCUAGUGCCACAAGGGAAGUCACCUACAGAAUGUGCCACACCCCCACUGUUCUUCCAGUUGAUUGGGUGAAUUCAGACACGCCCACUUCACACAUCACAUUAGGCAGCUCCUAUACUGCUAUCGGUGACGUUAACUACUGCUGUCUGACGAAGGCUCUCAUGUCACGUCUCUCGUAAAUUUUCUAUUUUUAUACAUAUGCAAAUUUAUUUAUUAUUUAGAAGGUAAAUGAAAUCAUUGCUAUAUUGCUGUUUUAACUCUGAUUUUACAGUUGAUUUUUUUUUUAAAAAAAAAUAAUGGAUUACAAAUUCCGUCAUUAUUUCAACACCUUAAACCCAGCCUUAAUGAGUGAACAAUUUACUGGCUGUGUUUUUAGGAUUUUUUCCUUCAUCAUUAAAGCAUGUAUAUAAAUAUAUCACACAAAAAGAAAUGCCAAAUAUUUUAUUUUCUCAAUAUUCAUUGAUACAUCCACACACAGAAAAAAACAAAACAUUUGUUGACAAGUGAACUUUUCACCCCUUUCAUUUUACUAAGAUUGUGAAAGCUAAUAAGCUUAAAAUAUUGUUUUGUUGUCUUUGUAAACAUCACUCUUUCACAGUCUGACCAUCAGAAUGCAUUUACACCUACUUUUUACUGAUUAAUGAAUAAUGGACUUAAAUCUAGGAUGUUAUUGCAAAACCAACACUUGGCAUUGUUUUUAUUUUGUAAUGUUUUUCAUAAGUAUAGUACCAAUCCAAUGUAAUGCCGAAUUGUAGGCAAAAUUUUGGUUACGAUAUGUACAUACAUAUAUAUACACAUGUAUAUUUUAAAUGAAAAAUUAGUGUAUCAAAUGGUUAAUUAUGAGAUGUAAACUAAUGAUCUAUUGAGAAUUGUAAAUAUUAACCAUUCUGUAGGGCUUCUAUUAUCAUAAUUCUUCCAUGCCAAUCAAAGACUGUGUCAGUGUAUUAGAGAGAGAGGGAGAGAGAGAGAGUCUGGUGUGAGGGAAGGUCAAAGCUGCCUUUCAGAAUUUUGAAUAAAAUACAUUAUGGAUAAUGAACAUACUGUUUUGAAUGAAGAAAUUUAAGUGACUGUUUUAAAGUCAGCUGUUAGUUUAUGCUUCACUGUUGAUUUUUUUUUUUACAAUAACUUUUUUUAAUGAGGAAGUUUUAAAUUUUAUGAUGAAAUGGUUGAGAAUAUCUUUGUUAAGAUUUUUACAUAUUUUGACUGCGACUGUUUUAGGUUGUUAAAUGUCUAAGGUUGUAGUGCAGAUGGGGGCAUGUGAUGGUAUUUUUGGGUAAUGAGUAGACAUUUUUUACAAAGGGAGUUAAGAAGUAUAAGAAUUUUACUUUAGUGUAAGAAAAAACCAGAGAAGAAUUUCUCCAGUAGAGAGCAUUGAUUAGGGAGAAUUCAUUAUUUAGUAUGUUGGGGAGGUGCUGUUGUAAAUUUAGAGAGAGGAUCUUUUUAUUGUUUUUGUUGAUCUCAGUUGUAUAUUACUGCAUUUGUACAUUGUCAAUGUGGCAUUCAAACCUUACACAUUUACAAACAUUGAUGUAGAAUUAUUCACCAUUAUUUGAGUAUUUCUCCCCGUUCAACUAUGCAUGAUGUCCCAUCUGUAUGUCUGUUGGUCAUUUAUAGGCAUUUGUUAAGUGUGUACAUUGCAUGUUUGGAAUUUUUUGUUCACUGUAUAAAAUCCUGUUAUCUAUUCAUAUUAACUCCAAUAUACCACACAACUGGUAAUUAUGGCAGAUCAUUUUUUUUUUUUUUGCAAAUUGAUCCCUACUUAAAAUUUAGAUUUUGGCAUUUGAAAUUUUCUCAUUUCCAUUCAAACUGCUAUCCUAAAAGUAUUGGGGGAAAAUGGAAAUUCUCUUUUUUGUAACAUUGCGGAAAAGAAAUAAUUUUUUGGGGGGAAAUGCAGAUUACUUGUUAUGUGGAAACUCCUGUCUGGAAUGAUUUAUACGGAGACUUCUUUUUCUUCCCCUCCCCCUUUUUUUUUUUAGAAAUAUAGUUUUUUGGUCCCAUUUAUUUUGUUCAGAGUGAGAAAUGUCCAAGUUAUUAUUGUGACUCAUAUAUAAAUCUUGCCUUUACCAAAACGGUGUCUGAAACUGUUGAUAUAGACAAACCUAUGCAAUCUAUACUUUCUGCCUAUUUCUCUCAGGUUACGUCUUUUUUUGCACCAUGCUCCAUGGUCAAAAAUAUCCCUAAUGUGAAUGAAAAAGAAACAGAUAUGCAGUUAUUUUAUUUAUUGAGAAGCUAGCAGUAGUGUUAGGUAAGGACUUCUUUAAACAGGGGUGGGGAUUGGGAAAAGUGUUAAAUAAUUAUCAUUUUUAUAUAUUUUACACAGAGUUCUUUUUAUCUUUGAAGGAAGAAUUAGCCUUAUAUGGUGCUACUUUGGAGCAUCCUUUUUUCUUCUAACUUAAAAUCACUACUGACUGUUAGUAAAAGAAACUGAUUGUGACCUAGUACAUUUUGGAGAUGGGAAAUUGAGAGUUAUGUGAUAUGAUGACUUAUCUGUAAAGUAAAUUUUGGUGCAUUUUGAAAUAGCCAAUAUAUUUUUGUGUAUUUAUGAUAAAAAUAUAUGAAUAGAUAUUCGCCCCACCUAUUGCUAUAUAGUGCCUUUAUAAACUUGCGUCCAACUCUGGUAGAAUUUUGUGAUGGCAUUUUCUUUUUAUAUUCACAAGAUCUAGAUCAUUCAUUUUAAAAUUAACAAUAAGAAUAAGAAGUUUAGAAAGUCUCAUAGAAAAAUCUGCAAAUCUUGAACAAUGCUAAUUGAAUAAUAUGUAGUUCUAUUGGAUUAUUUUUGAUAGGAAUUUAUGUCUGAAGUAUAAUGAUCAAAAAAUGUAUAUAUUUUUAAUCAUUAUGUAAUAUUUCUCCAUUUUGAUGAUGCAACACUUUGAACUGGUGCGUUUUUAUGAAUACUUACAUUAUAUUUGACUGAUUAUAAAUGACUGCUAUAAACACAGUGAGCCAGCAUUCACACCUGUAGUCAGUCAGACACCAUUGUACAUUUAACAGCUGUAUAAUGCUUUGUUGGAGAAUGGUUUAUUUUACCUGAUUACCAGGUAUUAAUGUUUUGUAUAAAAUCAAGAAAAAAAUACAAACAAUAAAACAAAAUUAUAUAUA